CUCAGGUCGCUCGGUUAGUGUUCGUUUAGAGCUUUACUAGGGCAGGUAGUUCAACAGAAAGUGAGUUUGAUUUUCGUUCAGUGCGUUUCUGAUCUUAACAGGUUCAGAGAACUCAAAUCUCCAACUCCAACCACUUUCAACCAAAACAAACAGAAACACAAAAGACAUGAAAUCCCUGGUGCUGACCGUGCUCUGCCUGGCAACCCUGCUGGUGGCCACCACGGUAGCCCAGCAGCCCCGCCAGUACACCGACAAGUUCGACAACAUCAACGUGGACCAGGUGCUCAGCAACGACCGCAUCCUCAGCAACUACAUCCGGUGUCUGCUGGACAAGGGACCGUGCACCCAGGAGGGCCGCGAGCUCAAAAAAACUCUGCCGGACGCGCUGCGGAGCAACUGUGAAAAGUGCAGCGAAAAGCAGCGGAACAACUCGCGCAAGGUCAUCAGCCACCUGGAGGCGAAGAAACCGGCCGACUGGAAGAAACUGCUGGACAAGUACGACCCGGAGGGCCUCUACAAGAGCAAGUUCGAAAAGCUGAACAAGCGGUCCUAAGGCAGCAGCUUUGGCAAAUUCAGCGAGCGCAUUUGAUGAAUGAUUGAGAAGGUUGUGUGCGAGAGAAAGAGAGAGUGAGUGCAUUUUGUGAUAGGAACCAUUUAUGACAAAUUUAUAUAAUAGUACAAGAUCGUUACGAUUAAGAAAUUGAUUCUCCAAAUUUCUACAAAGCCAUCAAUAGUUUUCUAUAAUCCAAGAAAAUUCGAGUAAAUAAAUUACCAACUAUAAUUACCCAAAA